CGUCCCCAUGACAGCGAUGCCGCUGGCGUUCCUGGGGCUCCGACUGAGAAACCCCCAUCGCCCGCGGGGCCGGGGGUUGCAUCGCCGGGCGGAGGCCGCUGGCGGCAGCCGGGCGAGGGCGCAGGGGAGGCGGACGGACCCUUCUUGCCGGCGGAACCAAAGCGCGGGGCUGCAGGGCGGCGGGGCUGCCGUUGGGUGACACCGCCCCCGGCUCUCCUUCCAGCGGGCGCUGCAGACGCGGCCCGACAGGCGCAGACAUGCUGCUGCUGCUGCGGGCUGCCGGCUGCCGCCGCGGCGCCCCCACGGCCUGCGCCGCCUGGCUGCGGGGCGCCCCGCACCGCGGACCGCCGGCGGACCGCCGCCCCUGGGUCGCCCCUCCCGCCCCGCCCGCAGCGGGGGCACAGCAGGUUACAUCUUUUCAAGGAGUGGCUGUUCGCAGCCUCUGCACGCCAUCCCCUUAUGACCACCCAGAACAUGGAAGAUUAGUUUAUAAAGGAAAUUUGGCAAAGGCAGUGUUAGGCGUGAAGUUUUUCUCUUACUCUACCAGCAUAUUCAACCUGUUCAUGAUGCCCUACAUCAUGCUCAAAACCGGUAUUGGAUUUGAAAGUCUGCUUAUACAAGCUGCCUUUUAUGGGUUGAUCGGGUUUUUUACAUUUGUGACACCCGUUACUUUGCAUAUCCUUACAAAAGGAUAUGUGAUUCGACUCUAUUAUAAAGAUGAAAUGGACACAUAUACAGCUAUUACAUACAAUGCGAUCUUGGCAGAAAAAGCAACUGUUUUCCAUCAGAAAGAUGUAAAGAUUCCGGACAUCACCAAGAUGUUUACAACAUUUUACGCCAAAACAAAAUCAAUGCUUGUUAAUCCGGCAUUAUUCCAAAAUCCUGAGGAUUAUCACCGUCUCAUGGGCUACGAUAAAUCCCUUUAUUUUAACUUUGAGAACUUAGAGGAGGAAAAGGAAGCUGGUGAAAGGAAAUAAUUUGAACAUCAUGAAUGUCACUGUCAUUGUUCAUGGUGUAGUACUAUAUAUAUGAAUGAAUGUAAAGUUCUAUUAUGCUUUCUUCAGUAUCAGAUAACUAAGAGUUCCACAAAUGCAUCUUGGAAUGUGUAAAAAAAAUAAAUAAAAACAACCUUUUUUUUUUAACUUGUAAACAAUGUGAAGGUUUUUUCAGAGUUAAUGACACAAAGCAUAGUAAAAAAAAAACAUGCUUA